CAUAACACGAGUGAAGAAAGUCGUCUGAUAAUCUUUUAGUUUGAUAAUGAUAUAUUAAUAGGACAAUACUCGUUUGAAUAAGAAAAUCAUGGGGAAUAGUCAGGCCCCUUCUACUCCUGAUGAAGAUGGACCUUCAUCAUCCAACUCUGCCGGUGGCAUUGGGGGAAUACAGAAUCGUUCAUCAAGAAGGGCCUCCAACAAGGCGUACUGUGCAAGUCUAUCUAAGUUAUUUGAAAAAUUAGAACUAACAGCUGAUGGAGGUAAUACACAUCCUGGGGAAUUAUCAAGAAAUACAUUUGAGGAUGUGUUCCAUGGACCUCUACAUAAAUUUGGUAGUUUGAUGUACAGUAUGAUGGUAAAUGGACAUUCUAAUAAAGAGAGAAUAACUCGAGAACAGUUACUAAAUCUGGGAAAGAAGUUAUUAAGAAAUUUGAUGAAAAAGAACAACAUGAAUAUUAUUUUAGAUUGUUUGCUAAUGGAAAUCAAUUGCUUAAUAAACAAGAUGUUACAAGAACCACAGACUUUUGAUAGGAAAUCCAAUAGGGUGAGAAGGGAUGCUUUAGAAAUGGUAGAAAUAUCCUACGCUUUAACAUUAUCAGCAUCUAAAAUACCAUAUUGUAAAGAUGAAAGAGAUGAUAAGAUAUUUGAAUCUGUUGUUACUAGUAUGUUUGGUGUAGAAUCAGAGAUUGGAUUUGAUGCAUUUGAAAGUUGGUUGAAAUGGAAUUGUCCUCAUUUUUUCUGUGGUGUACAUAAUUGGGUGUUUAGUAUAUUAACAGGGUCUCAAUUACCAUCAGAACUUGAAGUAGCUCCAGUCCCGCAGUUGGAAGGUUUUGCUGAAGGUCGUUAUUUAGUGACUAUGGGAAUGUUAUGGAUACUAUCAGCUACUAUACCGACAUGUUUUACCAAGAGUCCCACUGGAGAAACACCAUCCAAUAAUCCAUUACUUAAUUCUUAUCAUUUACUCAUGAAAUUGGCUAGAUUAUCAAGAUGUCAAAGUUGGACAUUAUUAUAUAGUUCUUCCCAACAUGGUAUGUCUUUAAAUAGGUUUAUGCAUCAUGUGAUAUCAUACUCUGCACCAACCAUGACAGUUUUAUCAUUUGAAGGUAGAAAUUUAUAUUGUGUAGCAGCAGAUUGUGGAUGGAGAGAAAGUUCGUCAUUAUUUGGAGGUGAAAAUUGUAUGUUAAUCCAGAUAUCACCUGUAUAUAGAGUUAUACAAGCUGGUGAGAAAAUGUUAAUGUGGAAUGAAUUUUCUAGAGAUCUUCCUAAAGGAAUUCAAAUUGGUAAAGGAAACCAGAAUAAAGUGCUGUUUUUACCUCAAGAAUUUGAUGAAAUACAUCACUAUGGUGUCCCUUGUGCUCUUCAUAAAAUAGAGGUGUGGGGCUGUGGUGGAGCCACUGUAAGAGAAGCUCAAGUUAAACAAAAACAAUGGGAAGCUAAAGAUACACAAAGACAACAGAGUAGGAAGCUAAGGCUAGAUUUAGAUAGUAAUUGGGAAGAGAAUGCUGAUAAGAAACUAUUAGAAUGGGGAGGAAUAAAAACCAACCAUUCACAGAGAUAG